AUGAGACGGACAAUUAACUAUCGCCUCGAAAAACACAAGGAAACUGAACCCGAGGCUGUGCAAGCUUUACAGGAUUUGUAUGUGGAUGAUUUACCGACUGGAGCCGCGAGUGAAGAAAAGGCUUUUGAAAUCUACGAAUCAACGAAGCGAGUUAUGAAAUGUGGCGGAUUUAACCUUCGGAAAUGGAAGUCUAACUCGAAGGCAUUAAGCGAUCGAAUUGGCAAAUAUGAGACAAUCAAUGCAUCUAAACCAGAAGAUUUACCCGAGAAAGCAAGCGCAAUUGAAGACGAUCGCACGUACGUUGAAACUGUCGUGGGACCGCAAGCUGUUGACGAGAGCAAGACAAAGAUAUUAGGGCUCAGUUGGGACACAAAAGAAGACGAACUUUUUUUCGAGUUUUCCGAGAUAAGAAGUUACGCGAAGCAACUUCCUCAAACCAAGCGAUCGGUAUUAAAAACUGCAGCGAAGUUUUUCGACCCUAUUGGGUUUCUUAAGCCCGUUCUCCACUACGCGAAUUUGUUCGCGCGACGCGAAGCGAAAACCGAAAUCCGGCAACGUGAUUGGUCGGCGAAAAAAUUCGCGGCGAAAAAGUAGGAUCGCUUCCUACUUUUUAUCUGUUCGCGCGAAUAAAUUCGCCUAGUGGAGAACGGGCUUUAGUCCUGUGACAGUGAGAUAUAAAAUGUUAUUCCAAGCACAAUGUAAAGAGAAAACGAAGUGGGAUGAAGAACUGCAAGGUGACACGCUCAAGCUCUAUAAGAAGUUACUUUUGGAGAUGGAGAAAUUGGGUGGGAUAACGGUACCGCGAUGCUAUUUUGUUCCGAUGAUGAAGAUUGUACAAGUUCAGUUACACGGAUUCUCCGAUGCUAGUGAACGUGCGUUUGUGGGAGUUGUUUAUGUACGAACAGUUUACGAAGAUGGAGUAAUCGUCGUGCGUCUAGUCGCAGCUAAGUCUAAGGUUUUCACCAAUGAAGCAAGCAAUUCCUCCUUUGGAGUUACUCGGUGCCAAUAUUUUAGCUCGAUUGUCAAGUUCCGUGAAUAAUGCUCUAGCGAAUAAAGUCGGAGAACUGCGUAGAUUUCAUUGGAGAGAUUCUUCAGCUGUUCUGUGCUGGAUUAGAAACGAGAAGAGCUGGAAGCAAUAUGUAAAUCAACGUGUUAAGGAAAUUCGAAAUUUGACGGAUAAAGAGUCCUGGAAUCAUUGUCCCGGCGCAAUGAAUCCAGCCGAUCUACCAUCGCGAGGAAUACGAGUUGACGAGAUGGUUUCCAAUCCCCUUUGGUGGAGUGGACCUGCAUUUUUACAACGACCCGAGGAAGAAUGGCCUAAACUGGGGUAUCAGAAAGAAAUCGAUAAGGCAGCAGAGGAUGAGGUCGUCAAACAACCAAAAACUGUCACGCGUGUGUUGGUUGGAGCUGUUGAUGUGGCCUCAGUGAUUGAUUGUGAUCGAUUCAGUGAUAAAUUGAAGCUUCUGCGAGUAACCGCAUACGUCAAUCGGUUUAUCUCUGUUUUCAAGAGCAGAGUUAAGGGAACCAACGAACAGGUAAUUGUUCACGGUUUGAACCUCUCUGCGGCCGAAAUUUUAAGAGCUGAAAAUAUGUGGAUCCGGAGUGUUCAAGAAUCGAGCUUCGCGGAAGAAUUGAAAUACUUGUGA